AUAAUAACAAUGAAACAGUAUUUUAUAGUUUGUUCAGAAUAAUAUACAAUCUAUAAUAAAUAUUAACAUUAAUACUAUAUUAAAACAGAACGUAACAUAAGAAAAAAAAGCUAUUUUUCAUGUCGCCCUGUAGUUCUUCUCCUGAAGGAUAGUUUAUAUCAAAAUGGCGCGCCGAAUUUUUCCAGGUCGACCUAGUCAUAAAAACAAACGAGAAAUAUUAAAAUAUUACGGACAGGAUAAUAAUGCUGUUAUAGAUAACAGGAAUAGGAAUAUUGAAAGAAAAUGGAGGCAUUUUUAUGAAGUUUUCGGCUCGUCGGAUGACGAGGAAGAAUUUGAAGGAUUUUCAAGUUCUAGAAAAAUUUACUCUAAAUAUAAACUAGAAAAUAAAACCCGCAGGGAUUUCACAAAAAAAUACGAUUCUCUAUCAACAGAAUCAGAAAUACGAAGAACCAGAUUUGGAAUGAGAACAUUACAAUGGAAAUCAUAUAAUAAAAUGAUUAAAGAUGGUUUGAGUGGACUCUGGAAACGAGAAAACAUAUCAAGGAGUAAUUUAAUAUUUAGUGAGUCAAAACAAAUAGUGAAAACAGAUGUUUCAUGUGAUAAAAUUCAGAAUACUAUAAAAUCAAAUAACAAAACAGAUUCAUUAAAUUCUUUUCAACAUAAUCAGCAUAGACAUUCUAGUGAAAAUGCAGCAAAAAAUCUUCUGAAAAAAGCUAAAAACCAUUUAGGUAAAGUCACAAAUCAUAAAUGCUCACAUGAAAACAAUGAUAGCUCACUAUCAAAUAUAAAAUCUGAAAAUAUAUCAGAAAGAAGAAAAUCAAAAGUGCAUGAAGGAACAGAGCCAAAAGAUAAAAUUGUUUUAUCUAGUAAGAGAAGAAAAUGUACAAAUUUCCCACUUUCAAGUGUAAGGACAUCUCAAAGAAUAACUCAGAAAAAAAGGAUUUCAGAAGAAGGUGGGCAAAGCAAUAUAUUAAAUAAAGAAACUAUUAGUGAACCUUCAAAAGAAGAUAAAAUUAAUUUAAAACAAACACCAGUGUCAGUAAAUAAAUCAGUUGUAAAACAUAAGCCAAGAUAUAUAUCUUAUGAGUGGGUUCCUGUUAGGUCUUUAGGUACAUUAGAACAACCAUUAGUUGUAGAUGGAAAACGAAAGUGGAAACCAAGUUUGAAGGUGCAAACAAAUUGUGACCCGUAUAAAACUAGGAGGAAAAAAUAUAAUAAACUUUCUGUAAAAGUUAAAAAGCAGUCUUUAAGAUAUCCAAAAUUAUAUACUAGAAGUGCAAGGAAAAGAAGAAAACAUAAAUCACCUUGGGGAUUAAGAAGGUAUAAUAAAUCAGUUAAUAAGGAGUCAGUAUUCAAAACAAGAUUUAGAAGAAAAUCUCAGAAUAAGACAGAUAAUGAAUCCAAGAACACAUCUUCAAUAAUAAAUGAUUCAGUUCCAGAGGUAACAGACAUUAGUGACUGCAAUGAAAACAAAUCUAAUAGUCAGCAAGAGCAGAUCAGUUCUAAACUUGAAAUAUUCAAAGAAGAAAAUGUAGAUAAUGCUGAAGAAAUAAAUAAUUUAUUAUGGAAAGAAGGUCAGACAACAGGUACUGUGAUAUGUGCAGUAUGUAAACAAAUAAAAUUUUAUGUACACAUGAAAAGACGAUAUGGACAAUUUUGCUGUGAUGCUUGUAGCAAAUUUUUCACUUGGUUUCUUAGAAAGCCAGAACAAUUCUAUUGUACUUCAGCAGGUUGCUGUGAUUUUAGUCCUGUUUACAGUGUAGAAAAGGGCUUGUCUUCUUCACAGUUUUGUAAAGCCUGUUGGAUUAAAGUCUGUCUUGAAAAGUUUAUAGUUCCAAUAUAUACACAGAAGAAGUUGAUUAAUUUUAUGCCAAAAUUUCAACAAAUUAUUUCACCAACUAAUUCUUCUGUGGUUUUGUCUACAUCAUCUGUAGUUUCUCCUGCUCCAUCUAGUGUUCCAUCUGUUGUUUCAUCUGUUCCACCGCCUGUUCAGCCUGUUGUUCCAGAUAAAGAAAUUACUUCAACUGAAUCUAGUCAAGAAAUUCAGAAAAGUACUAAAAGCUGUGAAAAUUUAAUCCAGAAUUCUUUUAAUAAGUUAACCUCAGGUAUAAGUGAGCAAUUAGAAACUAAAGAUAUUAAACUAUGUAAGCCUACAUGUAAUUUUGAAUUUGAAGAUUCUACUGAUAUUGAAAUUGAACUUGAUGAAUCUUUGAUUUCCGAGCUUGAAAAAAUAUGUGAUGAAACAAGCAACAAAAUUAAUCUAGCCGAUGGUGAAAGAUAUUCGGAUAAACUUUCUCUAACAUUUGACGUUAAACUUAAUGAGAUUCCUUCAUUAAAAACUGAUGAUAUAAGCAACUCUGAAAAUUUAAAUUCCAAUAAGUUAAAUUUAUGUGAUGAUGAAAUUUUUGAUCAGAAAACUCUAUUAAAUGUUGAUAAAACUGAUUUAACUUACACUGCUCAAGUUGACCCUGGGUCAUCUAAUAAAGUUACAAACUCUGAAACUUUAAAUCAAGCCAUAAAUGAAAAUAAAGAAAUAUUAUUGUAUGAUGAAGAUAAAAUUAGUAAAAGUGAACAUUUGAAUAACAUUGAGAAUUCAUCCAUAGAUUUUAUGACUGAUAUAUUAUUCAAAACACAGUUACCAGUUGCUGAAUUGACUAAUAAUUUAGAUUCCAAUUUAGAACACAUAAAGACAAAUCAAGAAAAAAAUGCUGAAAGCAAUAUUCCAUUGAUACCUGAUAGCAAACAAGUUGAUGAUGACAAAACUUCAGAUUCCAAAAAAUUGCUGCUUACAAGAAAACAUUAUCGUUCUUUGAAAAGGAAAGAUUCAAACACUCCUUCCUUAUCUAAAACUUUAUUAAACAAGAAAAGGUUAAAGAAGCAAAAUGAAGUUGAUGAUAAACUUGUUAAAUCAAGAAAAAAUUCAAGUGGAACAGAUGAUGAAUUGAAAACUAAUGAUAACUACACUUCUGAUGUAGAGAUUCAAAGUAAAAAUGGGCCACGUAUUAAACAUGUAUGUAGGAGAGCAUCUGUUGUAUUUGGUUAUCCUCUUGCUUCAUUUGAAAAAUCUUCAAAGGAAGAUGAUUUUAAUUUGAGUGCAUUGCCAAAAGAAGAAAAACAGAAAAUUCUUGAAAAUGAUGCCAAUUCUCUUGAUAUAGAUGAUCUUCCAGUGGAUGAGCUAAUAAGAAGGGCAUCGGAAAAAGAUACAAAAGACGUUAUAAUCAUUCGAAAGUCAGAAAAACAAGAUAAUCUUAAUAAAUCACCAAGUACUUAUGUAAAGAAUGGGUUAAAAAGUCCCAACUCCAAAGAAAACAGUGUACGAAUCAGAAAAGUCCGUUGUAAGCGUUGUGAAGGUUGCAAGGCUGUUGAUUGUGAAAAAUGUGUCUUCUGUCUGUGAGUAUAUACCUGUAAAUUAAAUUACAGAAUAAACAAAAAAUACUUAAUAAAUUUUUAUUACUGAUUUCAUUGGAAAAGUGCAUAUUAUAAAUUUUCUGUAUAGAAUUUGAAAAAUAUUUUAAAAAUACAUGAUUUGUCAAAGUUAUAGGGAGUUAAACAAAUAUUUCAGUUUGUAUAAUUAUCUGUUUAAAUUUGAAAAAUUUAAUGCUAACGUUGUAUUUUUAUUCUGAUCUGACCUUUUACAGUUUUUGUGAAAAUUGAUAAGAUUUAUUUUACUUCAAUUUAUUAAAUAAGUAUUAAUUACAUGGAUAUUAGUUAUAUUGUUGCAGUUAACCUACUUAAUUUUACAAAACAGCACAAAAUGCUUAAAAGUAAUAUGCCAUUUUUUCAGAAAUUUACUAAUAAUUUUUGGUUGCUAUUUAAAACUGUUGAUAAUAUAUGUUUCUCUCAUUUUGAUAUCAUCAUAUGAACAUGUAUUGCUGGAAGCGCACCUGUAAAAUGUUUAAACUUCUACAAAAACAAUACUUCAUUAAGUGGCAAAUUUAAUUAAAUUAUGAAGCAAUGAAAAUGUCUAGUUUAAUUUGAUAUAUAUUGUAAGCUACAAGAUUUUAGAAGCAAGAGCAUAAAAAAUAUUUGAAAUAGUAAUUUUUGAUAUAAUUUCAAAUUGAAUAUUUAUUUCAAAAAGAUAUCAGACAACCAUUUACAAAUUUUCAUACUAUCAUAACAUAAAAUUCAUUCUAAUAUUUUGAAAACAAAAUUUAACUUGAAAAAUAUAACUAUAUAAGGGUGAUUCAGGACUUCUGUGACAAGCUUUGCGGCAUGAUAGAUCUCUCAGAGAUAAACAUUUUAUGUGCAGUAACUCAUGUUUGCUGACAUUUUCUUUAGGAGCUACGCAAUCCAUUGUCAGAAAUAUAUUGUGCAUGACAAGUGUGGUACCGUGGGUGUUAAUUUUUUUUUUCCAUUACAUUAUUCAUGUGCAAUGGUGAACAAUAACUACGUUCAACUUCUAUACCAGACUGAAUAUGUAUAAAUGAUAACUAUACACCUUAAAAACCUUUAAUAACCAGUAAAGAACUUUAAUAUACAGGUAACCCCCGUAUAACACGGCACUUCUAUAGCACAGAUUCGCUCUAACACGGUUCGAGAAUUGGUACCAUCCCCCGUAUAACACGGUAGUUUUAUAGCACGGA